AUGGCAAAUGUAUUUAGGAGAUUGGCAGAAACUGAUAGGAAUGCCAGAGCUUCAUUAUAUUUUGGGAAUCUAGAUCCUCAGAUUACAGAGCUAGUGAUGUUUGAAUUGUUUAUUCAAUUUGCACCAGUGCGAUCAUUGAAUAUGCCAAAGGAUAGAAUCCUAAAGACACAUCAAGGGUUUGGUUUUGUUGAAUUCAAUAGUAUAGAAGAAGCUGACUAUGUGUUAAAUAUAUUGAGAGGAAUCAGACUAUAUGGGAAAGCUUUAAAGCUAAAGAAGACAGAGGCUCCAAAAGCCAACUUUACUGGUAAAGAUCAACAGAUAGGUGUUACAACACAAGAACUAAUAAAUAACAACUAUAUUGAUGUGGGAGCUCAAUUAUUUAUCAAUAAUCUCAAUCCACUUAUCGAUGAACAGUACCUAAAGGAAACAUUUGCUAAAUUUGGUACCCUUAUACGGAACCCAUUGCUAAUGAGAGAUGUUGAUACAGGAGAAUCAAAGGGUUACGCUUUCAUAACAUUCGAUGAUUUCAAAGUCUCUGACUAUGUGAUCGAGAAGAUGAACGGAGCAAUUCUAAUGAACUCCAAGAUUCAUGUUUCUUAUGCUUUCAAACAAGAUCCAAUCACAGGUCAACAUAGUAAAGUGCGACAUGGUGAUAAAGUGGAAAGAUUAUUAGCGGAAAGUGCUAAAACGAAUAAGGUUACAGGAUCAAAGCCUAAGAAGAAAAUUAAUAAAGUACACAAACCUAAAACAGGAUCCAAUAGAUAG